AUGGGUUCGAAGAAUAAAGUUUUCAACGUUGCAGUGUUUUUCGUUGUGUUUAGAGAAUGUUUAGAAGCAGUGAUUAUUGUUUCUGUCUUACUGUCAUUUUUAAACCAAGCAGUUGGUGAUAAAGAUGUCAAAUUAUACAAAAGAUUGAAAAGACAAGUUUGGAUUGGUGUGUUCCUUGGGUUUUUCAUUUGUUUAGGUAUCGGUGCUGGGUUCAUUGGUGCAUAUUAUUCUUUACAAAAAGAUAUCUUUGGCUCUGCAGAAGAUCUCUGGGAAGGGAUAUUUUGUAUGAUUGCCACUGUGAUGAUUUCAUUAAUGGGUAUACCAAUGUUAAGACUAAAUAAAAUGAAAGGUAAAUGGAGAGUUAAGAUUGCUCUUUCAUUAAUUGAAGUACCAAAAAGGAAAAGAGAUUUCUUUAAGAUUACCUAUUUGAGUAGAAGGUAUGCAAUGUUUAUCUUACCAUUUAUUACAGUGUUAAGAGAAGGUUUAGAAGCAGUCGUAUUUGUUGCUGGCGCAGGUAUUACCACUCAAGGGUCUCAUGCGUCAGCCUACCCAUUACCUGUUUUUGUCGGGUUGAUUGCAGGUGGUGCAGUUGGUGUCUUAUUAUACUAUGGUGCGUCACGCUCUUCUAUGCAAAUUUUCUUAGUGAUAUCUACCUCCAUUCUUUAUUUGAUUUCUGCUGGUCUAUUUUCUAGAGGUGCUUGGUAUUUUGAAAACUAUAGAUUUAAUAAAAAAACAGGUGGUGAUGCUUCUGAAAGUGGUGAUGGUAAUGGUUCUUAUAAUAUUAAGAAAGCUGUUUAUCAUGUUAAUUGUUGUAAUCCAGAAUUAGAUAAUGGUUGGGAUAUUUUCAAUGCUCUUUUAGGAUGGCAAAAUACCGGUUAUUUAUCUUCAGUCUUAUGUUAUAACGUUUAUUGGAUUACUUUGAUGAUCUUCUUAGCUUUGAUGAUAUAUGAAGAAAAAAGAGGUCAUUUACCAUUCUUUAAAACGCUCAAGUUAAGAGAAUUGAGUCCUGGUUAUUGGAUCAAAACAAAAGAAGAUGAAUUGACAAAAGAACAAGAAGAGGAAUUAUUCCUAAAGAUGGAAAAGAUUCAAUUCACAGAAGAUGGUGGAGUGGUAGAAACCAGGCACCAUGAUGGAACAUCAGAAAAUACCAGUCUUGACCCUAAGACAUUAAAAGAGCCCAACGAGCAAACGACCGAUCUCGUGACCACAAGGACUCAAACUCCCUAG